CUGUUCCUGGAGCGCCUGGAACACGUGCCCGAUCCGACGGUCAGCCGUCUGGCUCCGAAGAUCCUCGCCACCCUCGACAGGGCGGUCGGCUACACCCAGGCGGUGAUGUCCUACGGCAAGGCCCAGGAGCGUCCGCCGCAGCGCCGCCUGCUCGCCCUGCAGCGGGUCGGCGACGACGUUGCCGACGUGCUCGGGCUUCAGGACCACGAUACGGUCGCUUUCGAGAACAACGUGCCGGAGCACAUCGAGAUCGACGCGGACCCGGAGCAGAUUUUCCGCGUUCUGCUCAAUCUCGUGCGCAACGCGCUGCAGGCCCUUGAAACGGAGAAGGACGAGACGCUUGUCCGCCGGAUCACCAUGGAAGCAAUGCGCGAGGGCGACUGUGUGCACGUGGUCAUUUCCGACACCGGGCCGGGCAUCCCGGAGAACACCAGGAAGGCGCUCUUCAAGGCGUUUCACAGCGGUUCCAAGAAAGGCGGUAUCGGGCUCGGCCUUGCCAUCGUUGCCGAGCUUCUGAAAGCCCAUGGCGGCAGCAUCGACCUGGACGAGACCAGACCGGGCGCCUGCUUCCGUCUGAAGGUGCCCGACCGCCGGUCGUGA